UCAUUAUUUAUUUACUUUGGAUUUGAAGGCUUCACAUUUUUAUAAGAAUGGAUGCUUUUCCUGUCGGUGUUUCAUUCAAAUCUACGUUGGCAUCUUUUAUAUGAAACGAGUGUCGGGAGUUCAACCACAUUAAGCAAAUUAAACUUCAACUUCAUUCAUCGCUCGCUUGGAAUUUACAUUGUUCAAGUAAUAUUCAAGAGUCGAAUUCCCAUAAUAUAUCGAUCUCGGAAAAUUUGUCAUUUCUCAUCAAAGCAUUCUUGGGAUUUAAUUUGCUUUUUCUUCAUCAUCAUAUUCAUCAUCAUUAUCAUCGUCAGACCACGACAUCGAAUACAACGGCCUGCUAGCAUUUUGGGGAAAAGAAGUCCAUGACAAUUUCACGAUUCAAGGCCCAAAUUAUAUUCCCAUCUUCAUAUCAGAGCGUCUAAAUGGUGACCACGAUCCACACUCGAAUCUUUCGCCAUAGUCACAGUCAAGGACACGAUAUAAAGCCUUCAGUUAGUCAUCAGUCGAGAAGAACAGAACGAGAGAGUUCGUUACCCAGAAGAAUGGAUAGGGAAAGCUCCCUUCCACCAACUACAUGUAGUAGAGGUCACACACAUCCCCCCUGGAAUACGACGGGUGUAUUGAGGAUAGCGAAAUGCGAAAGUGUUUGUGGAUUUUGUAUGAAAGAAACGGAUACAGCUGCAAAAUUGAGGAAACACGUUUCUGUUCAUAUCAAAAACGAAGGACUUAAUUUGACGAUAGCGGAGGCAGCUAGUGGAAGAGGAAGAUUGGAAGUACCAACUCACAAAUCUUCACAUGAAAGAUCAGGAUCCACGUCACAUUACUCAUCACAUGGCAAUAUCACACCACUGGAGGACGAACAUCCCCAACUCAUAUACUCAUCACACACACCUUCUUAUUCAUCUUACUCCUCAGUAUCUCUUACUCCCUCAUCCUCACCCUAUACAAGUAUAGCUCAACGACCCCUAACAACAUCCACCUCGAGCUACGAUUCAUACUCCUCUCAUCGAUCCCCAUCCAGUACCAGCGGGCUAUCCUACUCCACCAUCCCAAGUCCAAACAGUACCUCAGCCCUCUCCAACUAUCGCUCCCUAGCCCAAGGCUCAGCACACGCCCUCUCCGAUCCCUUCUCCUCGCUUCGCUCUCAUGCUCUCCGUACAAAAUUCGAAUGGACCGUCAUCACUCCCUCGGAAGGUUUCGCCAUCCUCGACUAUUGCAAAUCGUUAUCGCAAGCUAGUGGUGAACAAGUCCCGUGCUAUAACCGCGAAACGCUGUUUGAUGAAGAGUGGCAAGCUCACAUGAGAGAUAUUCACGGGGUGUAUUUGAUAUGGCCAGAAACGUGGAUGAAGCGGGUCGAGGUAUUAGACUUAGAGGGGGUGGGAGGAAAGAUCGAGGGAGUUAAUGAUUUAGUCAUGGAAGGGAAAGCGAUGGAUAAUUGGGGAUUAUUAGGGCACGAAUAAAAAUCGAGAGAGAAUAUUUAUGAUUACGUACCGGGUUUUAGGAGGGGAGAAUUGGAUGGGAAAAGCGAUGGACAGGUACUGGAUGGAAUACCAGCAUGGCAUGCAUGAAUUAUAGGGGAUCAUACGGAAUUCAAUUUCUUUGCAAACGCAAGCAUGGAGUUUGGGGAUAAGAAUUGGAAAGGCCUGGUACGGGGAAUGCAUUAGAAAAGGGAAAGGUUACAAGGGAAAGAAAGCACCGGCAUGCGCUGCAAUUGUUACAUCAUGGUUUCCGUUCACUCGGAUACAUGGUUAUUCUCACAUCCAUCACAUCAUAUGGAUACAAAUAUGAGGGUGAAAUGAAUAUAUGAAUUCAUUUACGAAAUCCUUGAUUAGAUCCACUUAGUGCUUUAGACUAAGAAUUUACCGAUUUAAUACCUAU